AUGGCCGCUGUCGCAGUAGAGCGAUGCCCAGAUGGCCAGCAUCGCCUGGUGGCGCUGCGCCAUCUGCAGGCAGACGAGGCAAUCCUGGAGGAGACGCCACUUCUCGAAAUGCCAGAUGAAGAGAUUCUUGAGCUAACAUGUUCCCGCUAUGUGGCGGCAUGGCGCGUUGCCUGCAAAAGCCUGGGUCAGGACAGCAUACAGAAAAUCUUCGCGCACAACUUUUCUGAGGGCGCAGCAGCAGGAAGCAAAGCCCGACAUGUUUGCCAAGCAGUGAAGGCUGAGGUGCCUUUCGCACAGCAGCAAAGCGCUUCCCGAUUCCUUAUGAUCCUCAUGUCGAACUGCUUUCGCUUCAAAGGUCGAAAGGGCAGCACUACUGCCCUUUUCGAGGUUAUGUCGCGUGCUAACCAUUCGUGCCUCCCAAAUGCCCGGAUGGUCGGUGAUGGCCAUCCCGCGAUGCUCAUGACAACAGCGCAUGUCGAGUCUCAGGAAGAGAUCUUCCUGAGCUACGGAGGAUGGGAAACGGGCUUUACCGAGCAGCCAUUCCAUCAGCGCCAGAGGCAUCUGCUGGACAAUUGGGGCUUUGUUUGCCAGUGCUCUCGCUGUCAAGAGGAACAAGCUCUUCAGAUCAAGCCGGAGGCGCAGUUCAAGCCCACGUGGGGAGCACGCAAGUACACAGAAAGCAGCAAGCCCACACUCACGGCAAAGGAGCCGCUGAAGCAGACGGACAUCCACACUGCAAUUGCAGACAUAGCACGCCGCAUCACGCAGACGGGGAGGCCAGGCAAGCAUGGAAGGGGGUCGCCAGGUGGACUGGUGCGCCUACAGAACACUGGGGGUCCAGCAGCGACGGCACGGGUGCAGCGCAAACUUGCCAAGCACUUUGGGGCCAUCUUUGCAAAGGCCCCGCAGGAGCGCACAACCAAGCGGCUGGGGGACACCCGACGAGCAUUGACGCUCCUGUGCAAACAUACAAAGUGGCAGCCAUUCACGGACACGGAGCUCAGACUCGCCACCAUCAAGUGGAAAAGGGGGAAGGCGACAGGCCCAGAUGCCAUUUCCCACGAGGUCCUCCUGCUCCUCCUGCAAGAGCCAACGUGGAGCUUCAGGAUAUUACAUAUGAUGAAUGAUCUGCUAUAUAGGGGGACCAUCCCAGAGGCCAUCCAAAAGGAGCCCAAAGAAUGGGGCGAAACCCGCCCGAUUACGCUUAGUUCAGCAGUUCUCAAAUGGUUCGCUCAGCUUCUUCUGGGACGCUGCGGGGACAAGAUACAGCGGGGGGCCCCGUACCAAUGGGCGAGCAAAGGCAAACAAGCACCAGAGCUCCUGGUUGUGCUGCGCCGAGUGGUGAGGAUGGCCAAGGCGUUGGACAGCGUCUGGCAGGAGUCCAUGGGGGACAUGGUGGCGGGACGGGUGGGCGGGCUGCGGCAAGGAGGCCUGCUGGAAGCCCGUGAACUCAACAUAGCAGUGGGGGACACGAUCGCGCCGGUACCGCAGACAAACGGAGUACGGCAAGGCCCGGAGAGCAGUGGGGGGAAUGGAACGUCAGAACGCUCCGGGGGGCAAGGGUGGCGCUGCAGCAAUCCGGAGUCCUUACAUGGAGCACCUUCAGCUUGGCCACACGUGGGACCUCUAUGGACACAUGGCGCGCUCCAAGCAUGGGGGGACAGCGAGUGGAAAAACCUGAAGUGGUGGUUUGCAGAGCAGGAGAAGCCCAAGCGCACCAGGGAGCAGCACGCUCACAGGUACAACUCCCUGGUGGACACAGAACGGCAAUUGGCACACAUAGCCACGGCCGACUGGAUGGACAAGGCCCAAAGCCCGCCAGUUUGGAACCACCUGCAGGGGGCCUUCAUCCGGCAAUACGAUCCGCCGUGGGCCAGCGGCAAACAGGGGAGCAUAGGCAACCUCGCGCCCAACAGAAGGAGGAGGGGCAGGGGGGCAAGCAGGGCGAAUGAAGCCUUGCGCUGA